AUGAGGUAUAAUGUAGUAGUUGGUGUGUUGCUUCUGAUCUCUUUGGUCGUCUUGGAGUUGAGCAAUGCCAUGGCACCUUCUGUUUCGUAUGAAUGGGUCGUCUCUUAUUCGGAACGUUCCAUCCUCGGAGCCAACAAGCAGGUCAUAGUCAUCAACGACAUGUUUCCUGGACCGAUCCUUAAGGCAACAGCAGGCGAUGUAGUAAACGUCAACAUUUUCAACCAUCUGACCGAACCUUUUCUCAUGACCUGGAAUGGGUUGCAAAUGAGGAAAAACUCAUGGCAAGACGGAGUUCGAGGAACAAACUGUCCCAUACUUCCGGGAACAAAUUGGACGUACCGGUUUCAGAUAAAGGAUCAGAUCGGAAGUUACUUUUACUUCCCGACACUCUUGUUCCAAAAGGCGGCCGGAGGAUACGGUUCAAUUAGAGUCUACAGUCCAGAACUUGUCCCGGUUCCAUUUCCUCAGCCUGAUGGCGAGUUUGACAUCUUGAUCGGAGAUUGGUUCUAUACUGACUAUAGGGGUAUGAGAGCUUCACUUGACAAUGGUCUCAGUUUAGCAGCUCCUGAUGGUAUUCUUUUUAAUGGGCAUGGACCCGAAGAAGCCUUCUUUGAAUUUCAACCAGGCAAAACAUAUAGGCUGAGAAUUUCAAACGUGGGUCUCAAGACAUCCUUAAACUUCAGGAUUCAGGACCAUGAUAUGCUCCUGGUUGAGACAGAGGGUUCGUAUGUUCAGAAACGUACCUUGUCCAACUUGGACAUCCAUGUUGGCCAAUCAUAUUCCGUUCUCGUCACGGCUAAAACCGAUCCGGUUGGAAGUCGCCGCUCCUACUACAUUUUCGCCUCAACCCGGUUCAGUAGUUCUUACAUGACCGGUUUAGCUUUAAUCCGAUAUCCCAACUCCCCCAUUGAUCCGGUCGGACCAGUUCCCGCUGCACCUGAAUCGUGGGAUUACGCCUCCUCCGUUCGACAAGCCCUAUCCAUUAGAGAGGACCUAGCCGUUGGAGCAGCAAGAACGAACCCGCAAGGCUCAUACCACUACGGACGCGUAAACGUGAGCAGAACAAUAAUCUUACAAAACGACGUUAUGUCAUCGUCGAACAGAUUACGUUACACUGUUAACGGUGUUUCCUUUGUCUUCCCGGAAACGCCGUUAAAGCUCGUCGAUCACUUCCAACUAAAAAACACGAUAAUCCCCGACAUGUUCCCUACUUAUCCUUCACACAAAACGCCACGUUUCGGAACAUCAGUGGUUGAUAUACGUUACAGAGACUUUGUCCACAUAGUUUUCGAGAAUCCACUUGAUGAAUCGCAGAGCUGGCACAUCGACGGUCACAACUUCUGGGUUGUCGGAAUGGGGUUUGGAGGUUGGUCUGAAAGCAAAAGAGCUGGUUAUAACUUAGUGGACGCUGUUUCUCGGUCUACAAUUCAGGUUUUUCCGUAUUCGUGGGUGGCGAUAUUGAUAGCGAUGGAUAAUCAAGGGAUGUGGAACGUGAGAUCACAGAAGGCAGAGCAAUGGUAUCUUGGUGAAGAGCUUUACUUUAGAGUUAAAGGUGACGGAGAAGAAGAUCCUAGGAAUAUUCCGACUAGAGAUGAAUUGCCGAUACCGGAUAAUUUCCUCCGUUGCGGCAGAGUUCUCCAAUAA